CACUGCGCCGCUUCGAGCGUGCUGCGUGCGCAGUGGAACUCUCCAAUCGCGCAGAGGGUGGGCUUGAACCUCCAAACAGCUGCAAACUCGGGGCAGACACGAGAUCUGCAACAACCGGCCCCGUCUCUUGCCCAUUCCGAGAAGUCCAUCGCUUUUGAACGACGGUAUUCUUGGACUUCCACCUCCACUCGAGGAUUAGUUUCACCCACUGUCGCAUCCGAACACCCGAAAACCGACGCAUGAAUCAACAUGUCGUCUCCAUCGGCGCGCUCUCCGCCGUACCCUCCUCACACACAAUUACCGGGCAUCAAUACCGCGUCGACAAAUAAAAAGCGUGCCGCGGACGGCCCGGCGCCGCCGCCGCCGCCGCUCAAACGACGAAAGGCAUCUGCGAUCUCGACGGCUUCGGGACCCGGAUCGGCGCACCCGCUGCGGCAGACGUCAUUCCCGCCAGACGAUACUGCGGUCCCUCACGAGGCGCGAUCUCCGUCCGCCGAUGUCGACACCAUGAGCCUUGUCAGCGGCAGCCAGGUGAGCGCCGCAGCGCCGCUGAAAAAAAAGCGCGGGCGCAAAUCCAAGGCCGAGAAGGCACGCGAACAGACGCCAUCGGCAGUCGGCGGGCGGGCAGCCACGGCCGUUAGUGGUGCUAGUGACGGCGGUGGCCGGGGCGCGGCGAAGAGCGUGGCUGGCGGGACCGCCGGCGGCGACGAGGGCGAGGCCGAGGAUGACGGCCCUACCGAGGUCGCUGCGACGGCAGACAUCCGGACGAAGGAGCAAAAGGAGGAGGAACACCGCAUGAGGGGAAUGCUCAUCAGCGCGCUUUCGGAGGACCAGUUCCUCCGUUAUGAGAAUUGGCGCGCCGCGAAUCUGAGCAAGGCCUCGGUCCGAAGGCUUGUCAAUGCGACCACAUCGCAAUCCGUCACAGAGAACGUUGUGAUAGCCAUGCGCGCGGUCGCGAAGGUCUUCGUUGGCGAUAUCAUCGAGAGCGCACGCCGGGUGCAGGGCGAGUGGAUCCUCAAGAUGGGCGAGAAGCAGACAGAUCUGCCCAGCCCCCCGCCCUCGGCCACCAAGGCAGAUACAGGCGUUGAAGCGAGUCCGCCCAACAAGGAGCCAGAAGUCGAAGACCGCCGGGGACCUCUACGCCCGGACCACCUGCGCGAAGCAGUGCGCCGUUACCGGACGGGCUUCGAGGGCGGCGGCGUUGGCAUGCAGUGGGUCUUUCACCAACAGCAGCAAGGAGGCGUGGAACGGUUUCCUACACGGACAGGUGGACGCAUAAUAUUCCGUUGACCGGAAGGGUGACGAGUUGCGGUUGGCUGGCUGGGAGUCACGACGUACAUGUCUUUGGGUUUGGCGCAUAUCCGGCAAGGGAAUAGACGCGGACAUACGGGGACCAGAAAUUCGAUACCCCAUGGCAUUAGGAGUACCUGCAUGUGCUUGUCUUGGAAUUCAA